CAAUCCUGAUUAAACUUAUGUGGUUUCAAUUGUUUUUAAUCCAUCAUAUGCUGGGUUUCUUCUCCCCAGUCCCCCGCUCUACCUGUUCUGCCACACGUCAUCAUGGCAGGAUCUCUUGGCGCUUCGUGUGGUCCGAGGGCAGAACUUACAGUGCUGGAGAUCAACCAGGAGCUGCACUUAGAGCUGACCAAACAGAAGCAGGACUUCCGAGAUCUCACCCAGAAAUUCCUUGUAUGCCAAGCUACUACAUACUGCCUGGCCAACCAGCUGCAGAAAUACAAGUGUGAAGAGUACAAGGACAUCAUUGAAUCCGUGCUGGGGGAGAAGCUGCAGUUCCGGGUGGUGAAGUUGGCAGAGCAGCUGGCAGAGAAGCUGGCAGAGAAGCCAGUGCUAGCUGAGGAGAGGUUCAGGGAAUACGAUACCCUAAUUUGCUCUCAGGCACGAGAGCUGACCCAGUUACGGCAGAAAUUAUGGGACGGGAGAGAAGACUCUAUCCUGCUCAUCCAACAACUCAGGGACGUCCUCACCCACAAUGACCUUGACAACAACCCGGGCCAGGGCUUCCGAGAGCAGCUGACCGAGGGAUGCAGGCUGGCAGAGCGCCUUGCCCGCAAGCUCAGCCCAGAAAUUCAUGAAGAUGAGGAAGAUGAACUAGAAGAAGAAACACUCACCCCCAGCAUUGAGCAAGAGGAGUUGGAGGAGGAGUUGCUCCAAGAGUCCCAGGAUGAAUGUGUUUUGAAUCCCUCAGUUCUCCAAGAAGGAUCUGACUGCAACCGGCUAGACAGUGAAGGCAACUUGCCAUUUGAUGAAGAGAAAGUCAGCCGUGCUCCGGAUGUAGCUGGUGCUUGCUCCCAUGUUGCAGAAGAUCCAAUUCCAGCUGACCUCCCAGAAAAUCAGAAUGAGUGUGACGAAGCAGCUGGACAAGAGGCAGUGUCCCCCAGCAUGGAUCUACUGGAGGUUCAGAAUGACGACGUGCUCCAGGAGUCCCGGGAUGAAUGUGUUUUGGCGCCUUCCAUUCACCAGGAAGGUUCUGACUGCUAUGAGAAGUGCAGUGAUGGAAAAUUUGCAUUUCCUGAACAGAAAGUGCUAUGUGCUCUGGAGGUAGCCUGUGGUUCCUCGCAUGUUAAAGCAGAUGCAAUUGGAACUGACUUCCCAGGUAGUCUGCAUGAUCUUUGCUCCGCACAAUCUGUCUUGUCUCGGAGAAUUCGUUGUCAUGUGUAG